GUGCUCACCUGGUAGAGGUUAUCGAUUGCCAACAAGUGCCUUGGUGAACCUUUCUUAUGGGAGUCGCUCUGAAACUGAAAAUCAGAAGUUGACAGCUAUUGUGAAACCACAACCAACUGUGAAUCACUAUAGCUCAAAUGCAUCAGUUUCUCCUGGGCAUUUGGGAGGCCUGAAUCAUUCCCCUCAAUCACUUUUUGUUCCUACUCAAGUACCUACCAAAGAUGAUGAUGAAUUUUGCAACAUUUGGCAGUCUUUACAGGGAUCUGGAAAGGUUCAGCGCUUUCAGCCAGCUCUGCAAGAGAAAGGUAUAGUUCUACCUCAAGAAAUAAAUCAAGUAACUCAACAUCAUAAAUCUGACUUUAAUGACAACAGUAUGAAAUGUCAACAAAGAAAACAUGAGCAUCCCAGAAAAUUUAAAGAAGAGUGUAAGAGUCCUAAAACUGAUAGUCGGUCACAAAAAAUGUCAAAUAAGCAGACUUUUGGAGGACCUGUCAAAUGUAAUACUAAGCUACUGAAGAGAAAUGAAAAUACAGAAGUCUCAGACAACCAAAAGUUUGUGACUGGUUAUCCAAAUGCUAUUGAUAAGCAUAACCGUGGAAUUGAGAACUUUUUAGCAUCUUUGAAUAUCUCCACACAAAAUGAAGUACAGUCAUCUCAUCAUGAAGAACUUACAAGUGAAGAACAUUUGUCACCACAGUCAUUUGCUAUGAAAGGAACUCGGAUGCUUAAAGAAAUUCUAAAAAUUGAUGGCUCUGACACUGUGGACUGCAAGAACAAAAUGAAGCAGUUUGGUAAUGAAGUCACUGUUUCCUCUAGUAGAGGAAAUGAAUAUGGACUUUCUUCACAGCCUAAACAAAAUAAGAAAUUAACAUCUUAUAUGAACAAGACUCACAGUGCUAGUGAGUACCAUAAUGUUCAGUCUAUGGACAAUGCAUGUUGGCCUGCUCCCAGCCAGAUCACUCCUGUGUCCACACCAGUAACUGAACUUUCUCAAAUGUGUUCCCUUGUUGGAAUGCCACAACCAGACUUCUCCUUUCUUAGAACACCACAGGGCUCCUUAGGAGUAAAUUUCCCUUUGUGUCCACCAAUAUUUCCAAAUUAUCCUCCUGCUGUAUCACCUGGAUCCAUUCCUCCAGUUUUUCCCCAACCUACUGGCUGGGAUCACUAUGGAAGCAACUUACCAAUGGGGGCAGCUAAUAUAAUGGCUUCAUCAUCUCAUCUCUUUGGCUCAGUGCCAUGGAGACCACCAGUUGCAGUUCCAGGGAAGCCCUUCCAUCAUACUUUCUAUUCCGGGACCAUGCCCAUGGCUGGCGGAAUGCCAGGUGGUGUGCACAACCAGUUCAUACCUCUACAGGUUACUAAAAAAAGGGUUGCAAACAAAAAGAACUUUGAGAGUAAGGAGGCCCUGAGUUCUCAAGCCACCCCACUUCACACUAGCGAGCCAGGAUCCUCUGACAUCACCAAAGUGAUUCCACAGGAGAGUUCAUCAGCUUCCUCAAAGUCCUCUCAGAGUACUCAGCCUGCAUCUUCUUUGCAAGCUGAAGCUGCUUCCCAAGGCCAUAUGUCUCACCGUAAGACAACGCCAAACUCUUCCUCAAGAAGAAGAGCAAGAAAACUGGCUGUCAAUUUUAGUGUCUCUAAACCAUCUGAAUAAAUUUGGUACUUAGAAUUAAAUUCUUUCCUUUCCACCCACCUUUUUAAAAAUCCCUAACUGUGUCUCAUAAAAACUUAGAAUGUGCUAUUUUAAAAUAAUACAUUUCAGUUGAUAAUUUUUAAUUUUUUAGUUGUCAGGCACUUUCAUGCUGUGUAAAAACAUAUAUCAAAUUGUGCAUCUUAGAUAUGUACAAUUUGUUUUACAGCAAUUAUACCUCAGUAAAACUGUAAAAAAAAGAAAACUAAAUUAAGCCUUGUGUUAAAAUAGUAUCAGUGGACUAAGCAUUAAAAUGUACCAUUCUAACUAUUGGCCUCACCAUUAGACAUACCCUAAACUAUGAAUUAGAUAUCAUAUUACAAUAAUAAUAAUAAAUGUUUUUUACGCUAUCAUUGAGGGACAAUUAAAUGGAGCAUGAAAAUUGGGCCUCAAGUAUAAUUUACUGAAUGUGGAUUUCAUUUCUCUUUUUAAUGAUGUAAAAUUGUCAGAAGAAUAUCUCUUAUUUACAAGUAUUUUAAUUUAUGUUCUGUUGUCUUUGAGGUUCCUUUAGACCUGCUGUGAAAUGAUGACACUGUGGUGGUGCUGCCAGUUUUGCUUUAUUCUAAAUUUGUACCAAAGCAACUUUAGAAUAUUGAUCAGAAUACUUCAUUUAACUACUUAGAUCUAUAAAUAGCAAUCUAGAUUUGAAUAAGUAAUUAUAAUUUUUCAGAUUACUCAAAACCAGCAUUAGUAAUUUCUAAUAAAAUUAAGUUUAAAAAUCUACAGGGUACAAUGAUUACAAAUUAAUCUUCUAAUAUAGAAUAAAGUAAAUAUAUUGAUCAUGUUAAUUAUUGUGUUAAUAAAUUGUGUUAUUCUUUUAUAUAGCUUUUUACCUGCUUAGUUAAAUCCAUGAGAGCUCCAUUGUUGGUCCAUGUGUAGUGUGCUUCCUGGGACUGAUGACAUUCUAAUUUUUUUUUUUAUAUUCCAAGGUGUGCUAUAAUAUAGGCACAAUCAGUUUAUGAUAUAUAUUAUUUACAUGACAAAUGCCUAUCUCAUUUUAUUUCCAUAGUUUUAGCUUUAUGCUGAACUGUUCAAUGACUCUGGCAUUUUGUCUUUGCAUGUAUGUGUGGGUGUGUGUUGUUCAAGUUGUGGCUAUUGAAAUUAUUUUAGAAUUUAUGACAAUUCCUCAGUGGUACAUACAGGCCUGAGUUUUUAUAUAUAUAUAUUUAUCCUUAGUUUUUGUGAUAUGCCUAUAUUUUAAAGGAAAUAAGUUAUACUUUUUUAAAAGUAGGAACUGUAAUCUUUAUAUGGAGCUGCUUAUUAUUAUAUCCAGUUUUAUUUAGUUUAUUGAAAACUCUCCCAUGAGUCUUAAAGUAGUGUGUUUUAAAAGAUGCCAGUAUUAAACUAAAUGAAUUUUUUCCUCUCUCUGCUGAUUUCAGAGUUUAUCUAAAUGUUAAUAGGGUAUUUGUAUAUUAGUAGUGCCUUUAGUAUAAGAGAAAAAUGUUCUUUAUCUGUCAUCAUUAUACUCAUGGAGUUUCUGUGAUUUAAUUUCUAUUAAUUUCCUAGAUUAAGAUGUUCAUCAGUUCUCAACAUUUCCUUGUCGGGAAUGCUUGUUUGUCUGUAGUGGGGUCUUGAAUAAUGAGGCUCAAGUAAUUCUCAGUGUUUGUCCAUACUGCCUCAUAAACUCUGUCUUAAAAGGAAACUUCUAUUAUGAAAAUACAAUACAAAAAAGUUAAGUUGUGGCAAUAAUGUUCUGUUAGCCUCUUAAUACUUUAGACUAUAUCAUAUUUUUUACUCUAUAUAACUGUACAAACCCCAGCAUUCAAGAAUUGCCUCACUCAUCACUUCUGUGUGACCACUCUAUAAACCUGCACCGCUCAGAGCUCAGAGGAAGGAGCGCUGCUGUCUUAUGAAAAAAACCCCAAGAUAGAUUCCAGUAAGCAUAGUGCCACUGAACCCUGGGAUAUUGCCACAGAUACUUGUGCAAAGCAAGUUGACAAUUCUAUAUGGAUAGGCAGUAAAAGUGUUUUCUUUUCAUUCCUUCUUCUCUUAUUUUUCAAACAUAUUAUUCUGAAGGUUGUAAUUAAAAAGAGAUUAAGAUAACAGGGAAAUCCAUAAUGAUAAGUUAGUGUCAGGCAGGCAGGCAUUCAUCUGUAUUUUUUACCCUUGUAGACCUCUUCCACUUGUGGGCCUGAGGUCAAUAGAUGUGCCCUCCCUGUGGAGGACAUAAGAGACUGAGGCUGUUCUUACCUUGUAAUAAUCUUGAGAAGAGUGGAUCCUAUAUAGUUUGGGAAACUUAACAGUUUUUCCCUUUUGGAUGGGGCACACUCAGACCAGAGUUUAGAAAUAAGCCCAUUCAGCUGCUGAACCUGCUGUGGGCUCUGUGAAAACUGGACUGUGUAGGGCAUUGAGGAACAGGUUCCCCAAAAUGCUUCAUGUUUCCACAUAGCUAAAAGCUGUUAAACCUAAAUAUCCUCAUUCACUUGUUUUCCUUUUUCUUUUGAGCACAUCAAGUGAGUUUUGAAGAUUGAUCUUUCCAGUCUCAAUGUGCCUUUUCACAAUUUCCUACAUUACCUGGUCAUUACCUGAUUUGAUUUAAACAUGCAGACUGAAGUCUUAAACACCUGACAUUCGGUUACAUGAAAAAUUAAUUUCAUCUCUGUGUAUGAAAUUAUAUUUCAUCUUUGGUUUCAAUUUAAGAUUUUCCUUGCUUUUCAGAAGGAUAAGUAGUUCUUCUAGAACUAAAAAGGUAAGGAGGUUUUGGGAUUUUUUUUCCUAAAUGGUAGGAGGAAUGAAGAACUCUUGAUACAGGCUUUUGUUAUUUCUGUUUCUAUGAUCAGGUAUUUGCUUUAGUUUUAGACUGGUAUUUUCAAAUUAAUCUAGAUUCUUGGUUUUAAGGGAGGGUCAGAGAGGAAGGCUGUCGGAGGAAGGAAACCAGUUAAAAAAGACAUAGGCAAGCGCUGCAUUUUCAGACGAUAGCGCAACGAAAGAGAUAAGGUACAGGGCUUUUUUAUUUGCUUACUUUUUAACCAUCUGUUCCAUUUGUAUGAAACAAAUCAUAUGUUUUCAUAGUGCUUGUCUAAUUUUUACCUUAAGAUAGAACUGUCCAGAUCUCUACCAAAGUUAGUUUUAACAUGCUUUAUCUCAUUGUUCAGAGAAUCUUUUCUAAAGCAACUAUGCACAAUUUCCCAGCUCUUUGAGCUUGCUAUAUUUCUUAGUGUCAUCUUGCCUCCAAAUUGUUUUUAUUAUAGUGAAUUAAUUUAUUGGAAAGAAAUGACCGUGACAGGCAUUCUCUGCCUUUAAAUCAAAAUCCAUCACUGAAGUUCCCUUAUCACUUUUCUAGAGAUAGCACUCAAACUGGCCAUGCUUUUCAUGUACACUUUGUAAGGUUUGUCAGUGACAUCAUCUUUUUUGCAAAGAGCUUUCUUUCCUAGGCAAUAUGAAGAUCGAUUUUUCCAGAACUGAAUAUUUCUCCUACUAAGCUGGUUCGUAUUUCCAUCAGACCUCUCCGCCCUCUGCCAGGGAGCAGGAGGGCCCAGCCAACAGACGGGGCAGAGGCCUCAGUGCUAGCAACUUGGGCACCACUGAUCCUACUUCCAGAGAGAGAGAAAUGUGCGAAAUAGUUUUAGGAGUUAAGAAUGUCAGCGAUCCAUAGCUGCUUUCUUUGUGUAUGUGUGUGAAUCAACAAUAACGCCUUGCUCAGUCAAUGCAUUCAGCCAUCGUAAGUGCAAUUUGUGAUGGAGACUCUGGUUUCCAAUAAAGUUUUAUGUAAACAUGUAAAAAUUAAUUUUUUCCAGCAGUGCACCUAUUGCAUUUGACUAUUUCAGCAAUUAGUAUAUUAUUCUACUGCCCAGGCCAAAUAAUUACAUUUCUGUGGAUGUUUCAGUAAUCUGAAGCCAAAUUCUCAUACUGUUUCUCACAAAAUAAAAGUGUGGGAAUUUGACCCACAGUUUGCUUUAAGUAAUUUUAUUAUUUUCUUUCCCUUAUAGUUAAAGGACUUUUUUGUUUGUUUUAGGAUUUUGUUUUGGUGGGGGAGUAGGGGAGUGGUGCCUCAAAUCUCUUACAUUUUCUUUCACCUGCACCCAGUUGCUUCUUUGAGUAUUUUUAUCUAUUUUGAUAUGUGAGUAAUAGAUAAUGUGCUGUAUCAUCAAAGUGUUUGACAUCCUGUUCAUUUAAACAAUAUAAUUAAAUAAAAUUCAUACAUAUAUAUCUUAAUUCAUUUCUUUCCACACAUAGCUAUUUUAUAAGUAACUAGAAUUUUUCAUUAGAUCUUAUACAGAGCAGUAUUUUAUUAAAAAUUCAAAAGGGAAGACUUUUAUGUGCUCAUUUUGUAGUUUUCCUUUUUUAAAUAUCUUUACAUUGUCUGCAAUUAAAGCAUUUUAAACUUGCAUUGGAAUGGACUCUGAAUGUAUUUUUGUGUUGUUGUACAUUUGUAGAUUUCUAGCAUGAAGUUAGCCUCAAAACGUGUGCAAAAGAUUUUAAAAUAUAAGAGUCACUGAAAGAGUUUAAACAUCUAUACAUGUUAAAUGCUAUAUGGAUUUUAAUUAAACACUUGAGAAUGAUUUCA